AUGUUGUCCAUAGCUAGCCUUCUUGUCGGACUUGCAUCCAUCUACGUUCUUUAUGUCUUUCUUGGACCUAAGAGGACAUCAGCACCACUGCCCCCAGGGCCUCCUCCAAAACCCAUUAUCGGCAAUCUCAAAGAUCUCCCGCCUCCCGGUUCCAAGGAUUGGCAGCAUUGGUUGGAUCAUAAGGAAAAAUAUGGCCCAAUCAGCUCCAUCACUGUAUUCGGACAAACUCUCGUUGUUCUUAAUGACCCCGACAUGGCCCUGGAGAUGUUGGAGAAGCGUUCGGCAAAACACUCCUCCCGACCCCAUCUUCCCAUCGCAGAUCUGUCGGGAUGGGACAAGACAUUAGGCCUUCUCCCCUAUAACAACCGGUUCCGCGCCUAUCGGAAAGCCACGUACCGCGAAAUCGGCUCGGCCAACGCAGUAGCUAAAUUCGAUGGAAUCGUGGAUAAAGAAGUUACCCGGUUUCUUCUGCGCGUUAUUCGGUCACCGAACGACUUGAUUGAUCAUCUUCGCAAAGAGUCCGGAGCAAUCAUCCUCCGGAUCGGAUACGGAUACACCAUUGAGCCAAAUGCGCGAGAUCCCCUGGUGGACCUGGUCGACAAGGCCAUGGAUGACUUUUCUCAGAUAGUUCUCCCAGGAGCCUGGCUGGUUAACUUUAUUCCUUUCUUGAAAUACCUUCCCACCUGGUUGCCCGGAGGAAAGGAAAACCAGAUAGCCAAGGAGUACAAAGAGCGACUGACCAUCAUGCACGACAAAACAUACGACUUCGUGAAGAAACAAAUGGCCCGAGGUGUCCAACAGCCAUCGUACGUCUCUGGUCUGCUUGAGAAGGACACUGUCCUUCCAGGUUCUGAAGAGGAAAUUGUGGUCAAAUACUCGGCUGGUGCUCUGUAUGGCGGUGGUGCUGAUACGACCGUCUCCGCUCUAUCCUGCUUUUUUAUGGCCAUGGCCCUCAACCCAUCCGUGCAAAAGAAAGCCAAAGAAGAAAUCGACCGGGUCAUAGGAACUUCCCGACUACCCGACCUCUCCGACCAGAACAACCUCCCGUACAUCAACGCCGUAGUCCAAGAAGUGUUCAGAUGGCACCCCGUCACCCCUCUCAGCGUAUCCCACGCCUCCAGCGAAGAAGACAUCUUCAACGGCUAUCUAAUCCCCAAGGGUGCCAUCAUCGUUCCCAACGUCUGGGCCUUCACGCACGACCCAACCAACUACCGCAACCCUGAGACAUUCAACCCCGACCGCUUUCUCGGGGCAGCCCCUGAGCCAGACCCACGACUAUACGCCUUCGGAUUCGGCCGACGCAUCUGUCCUGGUCGCUUGCUUGCCGAGAAGAGCAUUUUCCUUACUGUCGCGCGGGCACUUGCGGUACUGGAUAUCCGGAAGAAGGUACGAGACGGCAAGGAAGUUCCGAUCCGGGUCGAAUUUUCUUCAGGGACUAUUAGCCAUCCUGUUCCUUUCGAGGUGGAUUUGAAACCGAGGAGUAAGGGGCAUGAGGAGUUGGUGAGGGCAGUGGAGAGAGAGUUUCCGUGGGAGGAGAGUCAUGCGAAGGAGCUGGGGAUCUGA